CCUCCAUCUGCUUGUGCGUCUCAUUGGCUGCCUGUCCCCCCGCCCCCAGUGCUGGAGAAGGGGCUGCUGAAGGCGCUCACGGUGCUGAACAGUUACCUGAUGGCGCCGCUGCCGGACGAGCUGGAUGAGACGAGUGCCGAGGACGAGACCCGCUCGAGCCGCAAGUUCCUGGACGGGGACGAGCUGACGCUGGCCGACUGCAACCUGCUGCCCAAGCUGCACAUCGUCCAGGUGGUGUGUAAGAAGUAUCGGGGAUUCACCAUCCCAGAGGCGCUGGAGGGGAUCCACCGGUACCUGCGAAAUGCCUACGCCCGCGAGGAAUUCGCCAGCACCUGCCCCGAUGCCGAGGAGAUCGAACUGGCCUAUGAGACGGUGGCCAAGGCCCUGAAAUAGCCCAGGGGGCCGGGGGGCCUCACCCCAGCAUGGGGGCUGCAGAGCCCGGA